GGCCGCUGCCGGCCGAGCCCCUGGUAACCUUGGUAACAGCGCCCGCCCAGGAGUCGCCAGGCCGUGAUUGGCCGGCGGCUCCAAAGCCCGUCCGCGAACUCUUCAGGCCAUUGGCUCGAGUCACCCCGAAGCUGGCGCUGUGGUUGGUGAUCCUUGAGGUCAGGCAGAGGCAGAGGCAGGGUCAAAUGGGGAGAAAUGGCGACGGAGCCAAGCCGCGGGCCCAUCUUUGGAGCAAGAUCUGAGAACUGCCGUCCAGCCUCAAGCCUCGACUUAGUUGGAGCUUGAGCCCUUGUGCCUCCUGAAGAGCAGGCUCUCAGACAAGGUGUUGUGACCCCAGCAUCUAGACAUCGCCCAUCUCCCCCAUGGCCCUGACAAUGCUGAAUGAGCUCCUGAUUGAGGACCCAAACCCGUCUCUGCUGCUGUACCAGGUUAGCAAGACUGCCCAGUUAGAUACCCUCAACUACCAGAGCUGCUUUAUGCAGGGCAUCUUCUCCCAUUUCCCUGAAAUCUUGUUUAUCCACCGGACCUAUAACCCAAGAGGCAAGGUGUUAUAUACCUUCCUGGUAGAUGGACCUCGGGUGCAGCUGGAGGGGCAUCUUGCCAGGGCAGUCUACUUUGCCAUUCCUGCCAAGGAGGAUGCCGAAGGCCUGGCCCAGAUGUUCCAGGUGUUCAAGAAGUUUAACCCAGCCUGGGAGAGAGUCUGUACCAUCCUGGUGGAUCCCCAUUUCCUCCCCCUCCCCACCUUAGCUAUGGAGUUCCCCGCAGCGGAAGUCCUGCCGUCAGCCUUCCACAUUUGUAAGUUCCUCCAGGGCAAGUUCUACCAGCUGUCCCUCGAACAGACUGUGGAGAGGGUGCUGCUGACCUCCCUGCAGAGCACAAUGUGCUCGGCCACGGCAGGCAAUCUGAGGAAGUUAUAUACACUUCUGAGCAACUGCGUUCCCCCAGCCCAGCUGCCAGAGCUGCACUCGCACUGGCUGCUCAAUGACCGCAUCUGGCUGGCCCACCGCUGGAGAAGCCGAGCCGAGAGCAGCCGCUACUUCCAGGGCUUGGAGGUCACCACCUGCAUGCUUAGCCAGUUCUUUGGCACCAGCCCAUCCGUGGAGCAAGGCAUGACCUCUCUGCUUCGAUACAUGCAGCAGCACUCUGGAGACAAGGCAAGUUUCAGCCUGGGCUUGAGUCCCCAGAACAGUCAUGCUCCCUUGGACAUCAGCCCCGAAAGCCCCAAAGUGGAGCAGUUGGUAGAAGCCCGUAUCCAGCACUCCCUCAAUGCCAUCUGUACGGGGCCGGCAGCCCAGCUUUGCCUGGGUGAACUUGCUGUGGUCCAGAAAUCCAUGCACCUCAUUGGCUCUGGCUCAGAGAAGGUAAACAUACAGAUCCUAGAGGACACCCACAGGGUGCAGCCCCAGCCCCCUGCCAGCUGCAGCUGCUACUUUAACCAGGCCUUCCACCUGCCCUGCCGCCACAUCCUAGCCAUGCUCAGCGCCCGCCGCCAGGUGCUCCAGCCUGACAUGCUGCCAGCUCAGUGGACAGCAGGCUGCGCCGCCAGUCUAGACGACAUCCUGGGCAGCAAGUGGAGUGAGACCCUGGAUAAGCAUUUGACAGUGGCUCUGCUCACUGAGGAGGUGGGGCAGCUCUUGCAGCACUGCAGCCAGGAGGAGUUUGAACGGCGCUAUAGCACCCUGCGGGAACUGGCCGACAGCUGGAUUGGCCCUUAUGAGCAGGUCCAACUCUGAUCACCUCACCGUCCAGAGGCGUGUACACAUGCACACACUCGCAUCCACCCCACAUACUCACACUGUUGCACUUCCACGGGCCUGCCUUCCUGGGAAGAAAGAUGAGGCUCUUCCGCAGCCCACCUAAAAUGUGUCUAGUUCCCAAAACAAGGAGUCAGCAAAGCGUCCCUGUAAAGGGUCUGGGAGUAAAAAUAUUUAGACUUUGCUGACCUCAAGUACAGUCUGUUGUAUAUUCUUGUGGGGUGGUCGUGGUUGUUGACAACCUCUCCAAAGGGAAAAACCAUUAUUAGCUCAAGGGCCUUACAAAAGAUCAAACUGACCUCUGCUCUAAGAUAAGUGAUAAGACACUGGGUGAAAUGAGGCCUGCGGCUUGCCAGGCUUCCCCAGUCAGGAGAUAACUCACCUGACCUCUCUCAUGCAAGUGAGCUGGCCUGGGAGGCUUCCCGCAGUGGGAGAAACCCCUCAGGAGAGAUAAUGCAGUCAGGCCCCCAGCCCUUCCUGCACCCCUUCUUGACAUCAUUAAAGUUGAAUGUUGCCUAUUCCAGCACUUGUCCAGUUUCUUUUGUGGACAGAAUAAAGGCUUUGGCGGCUCACGCCACCCACGAAUCCCGAUUCUUUCCCGACCUGAUUUUUGAAGCAAUUCUGCCUUUUACU